CAGCUGAUGAAGCUGAAGGCGGAAGUUUUGGAUGUUUGGCGGCGGAGGGAGAGUUUCUCCGCGUUUCUCUCAGGAAUUAAAGCGUUAAACAGCGCAGGGAGACUCUUUAUCUCUCUCUUUUCUUUAAAUUACACUACACUGAGGAUUUACCGCUUCUCCAACUUACAGAGCCGCUCUUUACAGAGCUGCUGCUGCUUCUUAACAACAACUCAGUCUCAGUAAAUCUCAGAGAUGGCGUCGCUGGUCGAUUUUCCUGGCCUCCUGGGAGCUUCUAAUGGAACCAACUCCACUGAUCUGGUCUACGGCUUUGUUUCUUGCGCUGUGUCCGUCGUUUUCUACGGGAGCAACUUCGUCCCAGUGAAGAAGAUCGAUACUGGGGAUGGCAUGUUCUUUCAGUGGGUUCUGUGCGCUGCCAUAUGGACUGUUUCUCUGGUGGCCAACAUAAUCUUGAGGAGCCCAAAGUUCUGGCCUUUAGCCAUGCUGGGAGGAGCCAUCUGGUCUACAGGCAACAUCACCGUGGUUCCUAUAGUGAAGACCAUUGGUCUGGGUCUAGGUCUUUUGAUAUGGGCUUCCUUUAAUCUUCUAAUGGGCUGGGCCAGCUCACGGUUCGGCUGGUUUGGCAUCGAAGCCGAAACCGUGGCCAAACCGACGCUUAACUACUGUGGAGCUGGCUUGUGCUUGCUAAGUGCCAUUGUGUUUUUCUUUGUGAAGACUGAUGUUCAGAGACCCACCACAUCUGAGGAAACGCCACUGCUGGUAGACAGCACUGUAAACUCAUCUCCUGAGAGUUUGACGGACGAUUCCUGGGUGGAUAUGUUGUCACCGGUUAAAAAACGGCUUGUCGGCUCAGUCAUGGCUGUCGUAGCAGGAAUCCUCUACGGCUCCUCCUUCAUCCCUGUGCUGUACAUCAAAAACCACACAGAUGAUCCGGGUGGGCCGUACUACGGGGCCAGCCAGUUUGAUCUGGAUUAUGUCUUUGCGCAGUUCAGUGGGAUCUUUCUCACCAGCACCGUCUACUUCUCCAUCUACUGCGCCUUCAAAAAGAACAAGCCUCAGGUCUUCCCUAAAGCUGUGCUACCCGGUUUCAUUUCUGGGGUGAUGUGGGGCGUGGCCACAUGCUGCUGGUUUAUGGCCAAUCACUACCUCAGUGCUGUGGUCAGCUUUCCGAUCAUCACCACGGUUCCAGGACUCAUAGCUACUCUGUGGGGUGUUUUACUUUUCAAGGAGGUGAAGGGACUGCGCAAUUACCUGGUUCUUGUUCUGGCCUUUUGCCUGGUGCUGACUGGCGCAUUACUGACUGCGUUCUCCAAGCUGUAGUUCCUCUUCUUCACCAAAUGGUGGCGGCAAAAACCAAUAAAGUGGUCGGGUGCAUCCAGAGGGGGAACUAUAGUGUGCAGGGCGGCGGGUUUAUACCUCUAAAUUAGUGUACAUUAGUGAUUAGUGGUAUGUUAGUGAUGUUUGAUAACUGUGAAUGAAGGUUUUUUAGGAGUUUUCAAAUACAGUAAAAAAAAUGACAGAAUCACACUUGAUUUAUACACUUGUUUUAUAGUGAGUGGGGAAAAGUCAUAGCAAAUAAUACAGGAUGUGUACCGUAUUUUUGACACUAUAAAGCGCAUUUAAAAUCCUUUAAUUUUCCAAAAAAAUCUUUAGUGCGCCUUAUGUAUGAAUUUUAUCAUUCAGGUAUUAAUAGCAGUAAAGCCACUCUGAAAAGUAAAGCUGAAGUACAAAGUUAUACAGGAAGCUGGAGCUUUAUUAGCAUUAGCCGCUAACCACUCUGUGCUAAGCGCUAGCUUGUUCACUAUUCAGAAGAGAGUAUAUUGAACUGUAGUCUGCGUGUUUACUGUGUUAAAACAAGCUAAGUGAGAUGAACCACAAGCUAAGACCGCCCUGGCUUCCUGGAACACUCAGGGUUCCUCAGUGUAGCGCUGUAUUAGCGCAGCAUUUACUAGUGCUAAGCUAAAAUAGCCCUAAAAUUGUGCUAAAAUACUGGAAAUCUAAGGUAGCUAGCUAGCUAGAUAGAUAGAUACUUUAUUCAUCCUGAAGGAAAUUUAGGGGAAAAAAAGAAAAAGUUUACUGUAAAUAAACGGAAGUGCUUUUUUUACUCACCCAAAUAAACUGUUUUCAGGAGAGAAAUCUGUGUAGAUUAACAUCCAGCGCUCGUUUGACUUUAAAGGAAUUACAGUUUUGAAUUAGAAAGGAAACAUGGCGACACCCCUGUCCCUUACUAGUGUCGCUUAAAAUGCGUCUCAUAAUCUGUUGCACCUUAUAGUGCGAAAAAUACGGUACUUGAAUCACUUUAAUCACGAAGGCAAUAAUUUUAGACUCAAAGUGCCUUAAAUGUGUUAGAACUUUUUAUAUUAAUAUAAUUUUUUAUACUGUGUCUAAAGACACUGUUACUCAAUACACAUUUUUUUUUAUUACAGCAGAGCAUGAUUUAAUGUGAUGUUGUUUACAGCAGGGAAGGGAAGUAUCUUUAUAUAUAUAUAUAUAAUUUUUAUUCUGUAUUUUUUGUUUUUGGAAUUGCACUUUAUAUAAUACCUCAUUAGGCUGAAGGACUCAGUAUAGUAAUUGUAUGAGUGAUCAGAAAAGGGAAUAAUACUGUUUUAAUAAUAAUGUUUUAUAUAUUUUUUUAUCUGGUAAGCUAAUCUGGUGCUCCACGUUUAAGUGCGUUAUGGCACAUUCCUGUUUGCUAAAGUUUUCUAUAAAUAAUAUAAACUUUUUUGUUAUAAUAAAACUAACUCAUAUAUUUGUUAUAAAGUUGCAUCAUGGGAAUCAAAUAACUGAUUACUAAUAAAAAAUUGGUGAAAUGAAA